UCGUCGAAUACAGUUUGAACUCUUCAAUGUCAAAUUUUUAAUUUAGUCAAUACUUUGUUAAUUUUGGCAAUAAAAUCCUACUAACUGUAUGUACAUCCAAGAUUCAAAUUUUGUUAAAUAUCCGUUGAAUCAAAAAAUUUAAUUUAGUUCGAAAUGGCUAGUUCAUUAUUUCGUUCUGCCCUUAAAGGAGGAUUACCUAAACAUUAUUUGAGAAAAACAUUACGUACUUCGUUCGAUUUGGAAAGGAUAUUAUGUAUUCACACAUCUUCAUUUUUAAACGUAAAAGGUCAAAGCAUAAAUAUGCCAUCUCUAUCACCAACUAUGACUGAAGGCAAUAUAGUAAAAUGGUUAAAAAAAGAAGGUGACACUAUAACACCAGGUGAUGUACUUUGUGAAAUUCAAACAGAUAAAGCUGUUAUGGCUUUUGAAACAGAAGAAGAAGGAAUAUUAGCUAAAAUAUUGGUUCCCGAGGAUGCCAAAGAAAUAAAAGUAGGUUCUUUAAUUGCACUUAUGGUUGCUGAAGGAGAAGAUUGGAAAAGUGUUGAAGUUCCAGCAGCUGGAGAUACUGUACCUGCUUCAAAUGUUAAAGAAGAAACUAAAGAAUCAGAACAGCCUACUGGAGGAAAUACACCAGGAAUAGAACUCCACAUGCCAUCAUUAUCACCAACCAUGUCUGAAGGUACAAUUAUAAAAUGGCAUAAGCAACCUGGAGAUAAAAUUUCUCCAGGAGAUGUUUUAUGUGACAUUCAAACAGAUAAAGCAGUUAUGUCUUUUGAAACUGAAGAAGAAGGAAUUUUAGCAAAAAUCUUGUUGGGUGAUGAUAGUAAAGAAGUCAAAGUUGGUGAUUUGAUUGCUCUAAUGGUAGCUGAAGGCGAAGACUGGAAUGAUGUUCAAGUACCUGGGAAAAAAGUAGUCCAAUCUCCAGUGACAAAAGUAGAUGAUGUUCAGAAACCUAAAGCUGAAGCUAAGACAACAUCAGAAUCUAUAGAUAGACACUCAUACGAUGGAUAUAGUCCAGCUGUAAGGUCUCUUCUGGAAUUAUAUGCUCUUGAUGGUUCAAAGAUUGAAGGAACUGGAAAACAAGGGAAACUUCUUAAGGGUGAUGUUCUAAAAUAUGUUACCCAAAAUAAUCUAACUAUCAAGCCCCCGAGAACAGUACCUUUACCUGGAGAAUCAGUCACAUCAAAAUCAGUUACACAAAUAUCAGUGUCAAGACCUGAAAAAGGACUAGGUUAUGUUGACAUACCAUUAACUGGCAUGCGAUUAACAAUUGCUAAAAGAUUAACUGAAUCUAAAACGAUGAUUCCUCAUGCCUAUGGAACAAUUGAAAGUAAUAUUGAUGCAUUAUUAGGAUUACGGAAACAGUUACAAUCAGCUGGUGUUAAAGUUUCAGUUAAUGAUUUUAUUAUUAAAGCAGUUGCUAUUGCACUUAAACAAUGUCCACUGGUUAACUGUCAUUAUAUUAAAGAUCAAGUUGUCUUACAACAAACAUCUGAUAUUUCUGUAGCAGUCGCUACUGAUUCAGGUCUUAUAACUCCAAUUGUCACCAAUGCUGAUGGAAAAGAAUUGGAUGAAAUUUCAGCAGAAAUUAAAGAAUUGGCAGGACGUGCCCGUAUUGGUAAACUACAGCUUCAUGAAUUCCAGGGAGGCAGUUUUACGAUAUCCAACCUUGGAAUGUUUGACAUCACAGAAUUUAGUGCUAUUAUAAAUCCUCCACAAUGUGGUAUAUUAGCAAUUGGAAGUGGACGACCUAUUAUUGCAUUAAAUGGUAAACCACAGACAUUUAUGACAGCCACAUUAUCAUAUGAUGCACGUGCAAUUAGUGAGUCUGCUGCGUCUGAUUUCUUAGAAACUUUCCAAGGUUUACUACAAGCUCCAGCAUCACUUUUAUUGUCGUCAGCUAACAAAAAACGUGUUUUAAAUUAAAUUUAUAUGUAUACAUAAUAUUUUUGUUAAGUUUUUAGCUUCUGCUUUCUCAAUGAUUUGUUAUAUUUAAAAAAGAUCAAUUAAAUAUGAAUGAAACUACAAGUUAUACCUUUCAUUUUCAAGUAUAAAAGA